CUUAAAACUGACAACUACGACUGGUUCUGCAAGAAUUUCUUCACCUUUAUACAAGAUGGCUGAUCAUUGAAUAAACGUUUCAAAGAUCUCGCCUUUAUUCCAACCAUCCUACUAAGUGUGACCGAAUAUUUCUGAAGUUUGAUCAACGACAAUGGUGCCUGGAAAAUUUCUCCAGAUUUUACUUAUCGCGACAAUAUGUGCUACUUUUAUUCCACAUGGUGUCACGGGUCUUCUUCGAAGAUGCGUGUCUUGCAGAUCGAGGGGCGAAUUGGGUUCUUGCAAGGACAGAUUUACGAUGAACGAGACGCAAAUCGAAGAUGAAAAAGGAGUGUACGCGGUUCCUUGCGCCUCUGGAUGGUGCGGAAAGAUUAUUGAAAGUCAGAGUAUCAACAAUGAAUACGGCACAGCAACCCAAAGAAUGUGCUUGCAGCGAGGCCCAGACGAUGGCGAAGAACGAUGUGCCUAUACAGUUUGGAACUAUAAAAAAGUCUACAUGUGUUUUUGCGUUGGGGAUCUUUGCAACGCUUCAUCUAGGACGACCAUACCAAGUAUCAUCGCUAUAAUAUCUCUCGGAGUUUUGGGAAGGUGGCUUAUUUGAUCUUAUGAUGCCUCUACGCAUACUUGCGUAACAAGGUUAUUACCUACUAUAUAUUUAAUAUACCUAGUUUACAUGUAUAUUAUGUUUUAUGUAUAUAUCGACAUAGAAAUCCGCGUAUCGUUUUUUGAAUUAAUAGCGUUGACGCUGAUUGGACUGACAUUGAGAUUAAAAAUGAAUUGCGCGAAAAAAAAAAUCCGACGAUUUCGAUAUCAAGUGUACAAUUAGUAUGUAUAUUAUUAUGUCUACCAUGUAAAUAUAUUCGACGUUAGAGAAACGUGGUAAUCAACGUUACAACCAAGUUUACGUAUACCGAAAGUAAUGCUCCAUGAAUUCUAGUAGAAGAGAAAAAAAAAAAAAAUGUGCAACCGCACAUCGUACACCCUCAUGCGAUCGUGUGUUCAAUAUUAUUUAAUUUUGUAUAAAGUAGAGAAUAAAUUACACCCAACAGAACAUUAAUUUUAAAUCGAAGAACUGCGUGAUAUUAAUAAAGAAAGAAAGAAGCAA